AUGAGCUCUAGUGAAGACGAAGACGACAAGUUCUUAUACGGCUCCGACUCGGAGUUAGCGUUACCUUCAUCUAAAAGAUCUAGAAUUGACGGGCCUGGAGACGAUGCUACCAAUAAUCCUGGUAUAGUCAAGAGACAAAAAUUGGACUCUUCCGAAGAAGCUGUUCCAACUAUAGCCAAGGACGACCAUUCUGAUGAAGAUAUAUAUUCAGACUCCUCAAACAACGAUAGUGAUUCCGAUUUAGAAAUUAUCAUAAGUACAGGGCCUGAUCCUACGAGGCUGGACGCGAAACUUCUGGGUUCCUAUUCAAGUACAACAACACCUUCAAGCAAAGAUGUAAUUAGCGUAGCUACCGACGUAUCUACCACCGUCACAAAAACACUAGAUGAAAGACUAAUAACGGAAGGCGAAACAGAUCAAGGCGUAACCGCGGCCACAUCGAAAGCUACAGAAGGCGAAGGAAACCUACCGAAAGCAAUGGUUGGUUCUAUUGAUUUGGAUAAAGAGGGCAUUUUUGAUAGCGUUGGUAUAACGACAAUAGAUCCUGAAGUGCUAAAGGAAAAGCCUUGGAGACAACCAGGAGCCAACUUGAGUGAUUAUUUCAAUUAUGGGUUUAACGAGUUUACCUGGAUGGAAUAUUUGCAUAGACAUGAAAAAUUAUUGCAGGAUUACAAUCCCAGGAGAAUCCUAAUGGGCUUGUUGUCCCUUCAACAACAAGGGAAGUUGAACUCUGUCAACGAUACAGAAUCAAACCUCGGAAAUAUGAUUGACAACAAGAACAACAACCUUAAUAGUUCAAAUAUGCCCAAUCUGAACAGUAAUAUGGGCAAUAGCAUGUCUGGAACGCCAAAUCCUCCCCCGCCACCAAUGCAUCCUAGCUUCCCACCGCUACCUAUGUUUGGUAGUUUCCCACCAUUCCCCAUGCCAGGUAUGAUGCCGCCUAUGAACCAGCAGUCAAACCAAAAUCAAAAUUCGAAAUGA